AAAGAUCUUUAAAAAAUCCAAAAGAAAAUAAUAUAUUGAUAUAAAUUAGCAUUCUCACGUCACGUGUGUACAUCUUUCUCCUAGAAACAACAAAAAAAAAAAAAAAAAACAAAAAUGGCAAGAAUUUCAUUAGCGAUAUGUCUAACGUUACUUGUCACGUUAAGCACCGUUUAUGAAACACAAGGGACCUUCUCGUUACCCCAUUACUUGGAAAAAUUUCCCAAAGUGGGCAAAGACUUCGAGGCUUUCGCAAACAAAGGUAUGUCGGACUUCCUUGGUGACCUGGAGGGUAUGUGUCCCAAAACCGCCGAGUUCAAGAAUUUAUUUGCAACGUUGAAGGAUUACAUGGCCUCCUUCGGUUCCGGGUCGUCAAAAGAUAUCAAGAUGGAGUUGUCAGAAAAAUCCGAAAAAUUGUUCAGGGCUAUGUCUGUUUUCGACACUAGUAAAGGCGGAACAUCAGAUGAUUCGUGGAAUCUGGUGGAUGGCUUGUUGUCAAUGGGGAAGGGUUUGAUGGAGAUGAAGAAGAGCGGUUCCCAGGAGUUAAAUUUUGAACAAAGAAAAGAACUGAUCGUGUCUAUGGUGGAAUGGACCCGAGGGAUUGGUCUAUUCGUUAAGGCCGCCUCCGAGAGUAAAGGACAAUCUAUUGAUCUGUCAUCUUUUGGGAUUGACUAUGACAACAGUGUAGAAUCUCCUAUUAAAAGAGCUAUGUACGAAACACAAGGAACAUUCUCACUACCCCAUUACUUGGAGAAUCUCCCUAAAAAGGCCCAAGACUUUGAGCCUUUCGCUUACAAUGGUAUGUCGCACUUCAUCGAUAGCCUAGAGAGUAAGUGUCCUGCGACAACAGAGUUCAAGGAUUUCUUUGUAAAGCUGGAGGACUACAUGGCAAUCUUCAAGUCGGCAUCAUCCGGAUCAAAAGAUUUCAAGGUGGACAUGUCAAUAAAAUCUCAGAGGCUCUUCAAGGCUAUGUCUGUAUUAACUGGUACUCAAGGCAGCGGGAUAUCUGUGGAUUCGUGGAGGGUGCUCGAUGGAACGUUGACAAUGGGAAAAUUUUUGGUUGACAUGAAGAAGCAUGGUUCCAAUGAGAUAACUUUCGAACAAAGGACAGAAAUGGUCGGGUCUAUGGUGAAAUGGGCUAGAUCUAUCGGUCUUUUCGCCAGGAUGGCCUCUGAGGAGAAAGGAAAAACCAUUGAUCUAACACCUUUUGGUAUUUUUCAUGCCCGAAAUUAUGGAAAAGGUAACUUCAAAACAUCCAGCGAGCUCUAAUCAUCCUAUGAAAAAAGUCACCCUCCAAGUAAAGAUAUAACAAGUGAGUGUAAAGAGUAAUAAUGUUUUCAUUUUAUUUAGACAGCCCUUGCAUUGUAAGACACGAGAGAGCUGUAGAACAUUUUUGGCUAUUAUAACUAAUUAAUAAAAUUUUACUAAUUAUUUUUACU